CAAUCAUAGCGGUAUCGMACGUAGCGUACGAGUACGAGAAGAGCAGAAAGAAUUUAUGACACGAGAAACAAACUUCUGUCAUAAACCAAUAAAAAGAGAAGGCAGUCACAACUAGAACUACUUGAACUACCUAAUCGACAUUGAUUGAUUGCAAUUAAAAAGAUGAGUAGCACAGAGCAUCCUUCUCGUUCUGCCCUUCGAAAUGCUCGACGUGUGUGCGUAAAAAUUGGCACCUCGGUGGUAGCGAACGGGAAUGGGCGUCCUUCUCUGACAAGACUAGGAGCGAUCACGGAGCAAAUUGCAGAGUUGCACUCCCGAGGUAUUGAAGUGAUUUUUGUAAGCUCGGGUGCAGUCGGCAUGGGGAAGCGCUUGCUCAAGAAGCAGAGCAGAAUGAUGAUGUCAUUUAGGGAUUCAAUUCAUGCUCAAGAAGGGGCGGAUCACUUGGUAGCGGACRAUAUCAAUKCUGCCAUGGGACGAAGUAAAAGCUUCGUGUCGCUUCUAGAAGCCCCCGSAAGGAAGCAUUCACCCGAAGAAAARAAAAAGUUUUACGACUCUGCUUGUGCAGCUGCUGGUCAAUUCGAUUUGAUGAAUUUGUAUCGCAGUCUGUUCGAUCAGUAUGAUAUAACUGCUUCCCAAAUCUUGCUGACACAAGGUGACUUCGUCGACAAAAGUCGUUUGGAGAAUCUCAAGUACACCGUGGAGCGAUUGUUGAGUCACGGUAUUGUUCCAAUUAUCAAUGAGAAUGACGCAGUCUCGGCAAAUCUCGGCUACACCGCAGAUGAUGUAUUUUCCGACAACGACUCAUUGGCUGCACUUUGUGCACGCAACUUCAACGCAGAGGUUUUGCUGUUAUUGACCGAUGUAGAUGGAGUUUAUGAUCGUYGUCCAUCAGAACCUGGUGCAAAAAUGUUGGAACUUUAUGUUGAAGAAACUUCCGAUGUUUCCAUUGGCGAUAAAAGUUCGCAAGGUAAGUUGCCGUUGCUGUUCUUUUUUCUUCURCGAAAGCAAAUUCGAUCUCAUUUAUAUGUUGACUAAUCAUAAAUGGAUCGAACGGGACUAUAGGGCGCGGAGGUAUGGCGUCGAAGAUUGGCGCAGCACUAACUGCUGUUAGUGCCGGAUCGGACUGCACUGCUUGUGUCGUAGCCGCUGGCAACGACUUGAACGCUGUUCGAGCCAUCUUAGGACCCGAGAAUAAAUUUGGAACGAAGGGAACUCUAUUUUGCAAGCCCGGUAGUGGACUCGAAAAACAGGCGCUAGUAGAUUGCGKGUCGCCAUCAGAUUCCAAUGACGAUAUAUCAAAUGAGGCAAGAGAUAAGGCUGUGGCCGCCAGAAACGAAGCAAGGAAACUACAGGCGUUGCCUCACGCAGUCCGUCAAGACAUUUUGCGGGCUAUGGCCGAUGCUUUGAUUGAUAAGAAGGAAAAGUUGCUUGCAGCAAACUCAAUCGAUUUGGUCGCUGCCGAAGAAAAUGACACUGCUUCCGUCCUGAAAAAGAGACUUAAGCUAACUGAUGCCAAACUCGAGACCUUGGCGGAGGGUCUUCGACAAAUUGCCGACCUGCCCGAUCCUCUGGGAGUUUUGAAAGCGAAGAGGGAACUCGCAGACGGAAUGGAAUUAUCCCUUAUCACUGUACCUAUCGGUGUCCUAAUGAUUAUAUUUGAAUCGCGUCCUGAUUCAAUGCCACAAAUUGCUGCUCUCUCAAUUGCCAGCGGAAAUGGCCUUCUACUCAAGGGAGGAAAAGAAGCUGUCAAUUCCAACGCAGCCAUUUAUGAGGUAUUGGGCGAUGCAAUUGAAUCAGGUAGCAAAGGGGCGAUCAAGAGAGACAUCAUUGCUCUCAUCACGAGCCGUGGUCAGGUAAGUUCGACGUUGUCAAGUUUCGUUUGCGAUAUCGACACCGAUACAACAUUACUUAAAUGCUCACGUUGAAUGACUUUUCGUUGGAAUCUGUGCAGGUUGCUGAUAUGCUUUCGCUUGAUGAGGUUAUCGACCUUGUUAUUCCUCGAGGAUCCAAUGCUCUCGUUAGUUACAUCAAGGCUAACACCAAAAUUCCUGUUUUGGGUCAUGCCGACGGUGUCUGUCAUAUCUAUCUUGACAAAAGCGCUCCAGCAGAGUCGGCGUGCAAAAUUAUUGUUGAUUCGAAAACAGAUUACCCCUCUGCAUGCAAUGCCAUGGAAACGUUGUUGGUUCACAAGGACACGAUUGCCAAUGGUGUAGCUCCCCAGACACUCAUGGCACUUCGAGCUGCCGGAGUGAAAUGCUUGGGAGGCCCCGAAGCCAUGAAGCUUGGAUUGUGUGAUACCCCUGCGAAGGAGCUAAAAUGUGAAUAUGGAGACUUGACAUGCAUGGUAGAGGUUGUUGAAAAUAUGGACCAGGCUAUUGAUUGGAUUCAUACGUAUGGAAGUGGGCAUACUGAGUCUAUUAUUUGCAGCCCGGAUGCUGAAGUUGGAGAGGAAUUUCUCCGAAAGGUAGACGCCGCCUGUGUCUUUAAGAACGCAUCUACUAGAUUUGCUGAUGGCUACAGAUUUGGUUUGGGAGCUGAAGUUGGAAUUUCCACGGGUCGUAUCCAUUCACGCGGACCCGUUGGGGUGGAAGGGUUAUUGACAACGAAAUGGCAACUGCGGUCGGCCGAUACAAAUAUUGUCGCUGAAUAUUCUUCGGGCGAGAAGAAAUUCACCCACAAAGAGCUGAUGUAAGAGUGCACCCAGAUUUCUUCGGCACAAGUUUAUCACAAGGGACAAGUAAUAUGUCGCAAUUAGAAAAAUAAAAAUUAUUGCACGUACCCUCCCAAUCUGAACUGUCCUAAUUGAAACGGUGUCGACAGAGUUUGGUCGGAAGUUUUACUCGUACAGUACAAUACCUUCCUCACGUUCGAACAACGCUAACCGCGAAUAAAAGUAAAUCAAAUUA